CUGGAAGGCAAUGGGAUCUGCAGAGGAGGCGGGGCCGAGCAAAGCAGGGGGUGUGUCUGCUGGGGGCGUGGACAGGCGCGAGGAGGGCGGGGUACGAGGCGCUCGCUCGCGCUGAGGUUGGAGCUGCCGCUGCCGCCUGCCGCCGCCAUUUUGGUUUCGCUGCUUCGGCUCUCUGAGAAGGGGCUGAAGCGGCGGCGGGCUGGUCCGGGUCCCGCCCUGGCCCCGUCCGUGAGGGCGGCCGGGAGGAUGCGGCGCGGAGGAACCCGGCCCCGGCCUUGGCCGUAUUGUCGCUGACACGUGUAAAAGAUGUGGCUGCAAGUUGUAGAAGAGAUUUUUCUGUGGAACAUACCUCUGUAAACCUUCCCUAAAAUCCCCUGAAGGCAUAUACUGCACCUGUGAUGGACCCUCAGAAUACUGCUAUGUUAGGGUUGGGUUCUGAUUCCGAAGGUUUUUCUGGGAAAAGCCCCUCUGCAGUCAAUACUGACAUAGUGAUAGGCAAGAGAGAAGUAGAUCUAGAGAGUAGCACCAAGGAGGAAGAAGAUAUUAAGAAGAAGAACUGGGAGGGGAGCAACACUGAGCCUGGGAAGAAUGAGGGUCUGACUGAUGCACAGCAACAGUUUUCAGUGAAAGAAACAAAUUUUUCAGAAGGAAAUUUAAAAUUGAAAAUUGGUCUUCAAGCUAAGAGAACUAAAAAGCCCCCUAAGAACCUGGAGAAUUAUGUGUGCCGGCCUGCCAUAAAAACCACUAUCAAGCAACCAAGAAAGGCAUCAAAGAGUGGGACAAUGACAGAUGAGAAGAAUGAACAUUGUCCUUCAAAACAAGACCCUUCAAAGUUUUGCAAGAAAUCUGGAGAAAUUGCAACAGUUGAAUUCCGUGCUGAGGAAGACAUACAAGGAGAAACAAAUCCUGUAUCGAAGAAGCUUUCUCCACUACCCACUGAAAUGACAGAUUAUGUAACGUCAGCUCCUUCUACUCUUGUUGGUAGCCGUGAUCCUGACUUGAAGGAUAGAGCACAAAUUAAUGGAGCAACAACUGUAACAGAAAAAUUGGCUCAACUUAUUGCAAUUUGCCCCCCCUCAAAGUCUUCCAAAACAAAGCAGAAGAAGCCAGGAACUGGAACUGCAUCUGGGUUGGUUAAAAACUCUGGGAAGAAGCUACCAGGAACUGGAACUGCAGCUGGACUGGUUAACAAGGACUUAGUAAAGAAAUUGCCAGGAACUAGCAUUGCUGCUGGAUUGGUUAACAAGGACUCAGGGAAGAAGCCACUGGGGACUGGCACUGCAGCCAUAUUGGUUAACAAAGACUCUGGGAAGAAGCCACCAGGGAUUGGCUCUUUAGCUGGAGUGAUUAACAAGGACUCUGGAAAGAGGCCACCAGGGACUGGCACUCCAUCUGGAUUAAUUAACAAGGACUCUGGGAAGAAGCAGCCAGUGACUAACUCUGUGGCUGGAUUAGUUAAUAAGGACUCUGGGAAGAAACCACCAGGGAUUGGCACCCCAACAGGAUUGGUUAACAAGGAGCUGGUGAAGAAGUCAUUGGGGAUUGGCACCCCAGUGGGAUUGGUUAACAAGGAGUCGGGGAAGAAGCUGCUGGGGAUUGUUACCCCAACGGGAUUGGUAAACAAGGAGUUGGGGAAGAAGCUGGUGGGGAUUAGCACCCCAGCAGGAUUGAUUAACAAAGACUCUGGGAAGAAGCUGCUAGGGAUUGGCACCCCAGUGGGACUGGUUAACAAAGACUCUGGGAAGAAACAGCCGGGAAUUGGCACUUCAGCAGGAUUGAUUAACAAGGACUCUGGAAGUCUGAAAGCUGAUUCUCUCUGUCCUGCCUCAGAGCCCUUCAAGCUUUCUUGCAGUACAAACCUCAAUAAUCUUGAAAGCCAUGAGACUACAGAAUUACUGAAAGAUAAUAUCAGCAGUAAAACUUUUGAGAAACAUAUUAUAAGACAGAAUAAAGACAAUAUCUUGGAAAAGAUUUCAGUUCGAAAAGAGGUUGCUGGUAUAGACAAAGAAAUAUUUAAUGAAGGAACCUGUAUUCAACAGGACAGUUUCCAAUGCAAUGAAAAGGGGACUUAUGAAACAUCUAAGCAUGAAAAGCAGCUUCCAGUAUAUUGCACUUCACCAGACUUCAGGACAGGAGGAGCUUCAGAUGUAUCUACAGCAAAGUCCCCAUUUAGUGCUGUCGGAGAGGGAAACCUCCCAUCACCCUCACCCACAGUGUCUGUUACUACCUUAAACAGGAGCCCCACAGCAACCUCCUCUCAGUUAGCUUCAAAUCCAUCACAUAUAAGUACCACCACAGCAGAUCUCUUAGAAGGAAUUUCUGAGCAGAUUGGGAAGACUCAGUUUUCUUCCGACAGUACACUUCUGAACCUGAAUAGAUCAUUGAAUCACAGUCUGAGCACUGAUUUUAAAGGUGUGGAUAAAGAAUUAAAUGAUUCAAAAGCCACACACACAGACACCACAAGAACUAAUCCUUCCAUAGGGAAAAAAACCAGUCUGGCAACUGAAUCAAAUGUUCAUGCUACCAUCACCUCUUCAGUGGUUAGCUUCACAAGUUUGUUUAAUACCAAACAGUUUCUAAAGAUUGGUGCAAUAACUGCAUCAGGGAAACCUUGCCAAGGAGCUGAGGACCUGAGUGCUACUCAGUCAAAAUCUCUAAAGAAAAGAAAAGGAAGGAAACCACGAUGGACUAAAGUGGUGUCUAGAAACAUAUGUCGGCCUCCAAAGGGUCUAGAAUUAGAAAGGUCAGAGCUUUUUAAAAACAUUUCAUGCACUGCACUAUCAAACAGUAGUCUGGAGCAGGCUAAGUUCUUGAAAAAUAUAGGGUCAACUUCAUUUAUAGAGCAUGAAUUUGUCAAACAUCAGUUGCCAAAACUGAGCAAAUCUAGCAGCGGACAGUCUCUUGCUCUGUUAACUGAAGCUGACAAACAGACUCAAAAAUUCUAUAGUACUCACAAACAGCCCUCCAGUGUGUGUGUGUCGGGUGACAUCUUACCAGAAAUUUAUAAGCCCAAAAGAGGAAGGCCUAAAUCAAAGGAGAUGCCCCAGCUGGAAGGUCCCCCAAAGAGAACCCUAAAAAUUCCAGCAUCAAAAGUCUUCUCAGUGCAGUCAAAGGAAGAGCAAGAGCCUCCUGUUCUGCAGCCAGAGAUAGAAAUUCCCUCCCUAAAACAAAGCUUAACAGGACAGACUUUUCCUAAGAAGAGAGGGAGACCUAAAAGACAGAUCAGAUCCGCUGUUAAAAUGAAACCACCUAUUCUGUCUGUGGCAUCUUUUGUUGCUACAGAUAAUUCAAACAAAGUGGAAUCUGAAAGUGAUCAGCAAUGUAGUGGGGAUUUUUUUGGGAGGAAGGACCAGGUCAGCGGUCCAGAGGAAGCUCAGAAAACUCUGUGUAGCAUGAGAGACGUUGAGGUAGAAUCAGAUAGAAAAGUUACCAAGAGAAGUAAUGGGCAAUUAAUGAAAACAAUUAUCCGAAAAAUAAACAAAAUGAAAACUUUGAAGCGAAAAAAGCUUUUGAAUCAAAUCCUCUCUAGCACAGUGGAGCCUAAUAACAAAGGGAAAGUGCAAUCAAAACUCCACAAUACAGUGUCAACUCUUGCUGCCACAUUUGGUUCAAAAUUAGGCCAGCAGAUAAAUGUCAGCAAGAAAGGAACCAUUUACAUAGGAAAGAGAAGAGGUAGGAAACCUAAAGCUGUCCUAAAUGGUAUUUUAACUAGUAAUUCUGCCAGUUUAACUGUUCUUGAGAAUACUACCCAGCAAACAGCGGGGACAAUACUGGGACAAGUACUUCCUCCUUUGCUGCCUUCAGCAGCUAAUAAUUCAGAGGUUCUUCCAUCUCCAGUGUGCUCUCAGUCUUCUGCAGCAAGUGGGGGGCAGAGCCCUGUCAGCAGUGAUGCAGGAUUUGUUGAGCCCAGUUCAGUGCCAUAUUUACAUAUACACUCCAGACAAGGAAGUGUAGUUCAGACCCUUGCAAUGAAAAAGGCCUCCAAAGGAAGGAGGAGAUUAUCUCCUCCUACUUUAUUGCCGAGCUCUCCUUCUCACUUAAGUGAACUGACAUCUCUGAAGGAAGCCACUCCUUCACCAAUUAGUGAGUCUCACAGCGAUGAGACAGUUCCCAGUGACAGUGGAAUAGGAACAGAUAAUAACAGUACUUCAGACCGAGCAGAGAAAUUCUGUGGGCAGAAGAAGAAAAGACAUUCAUUUGAACAUGUUUCCCUCAUUUCCCCUGAAACCUCAACAGUUUUAAGUAGCCUAAAAGAAAAACAUAAACAUAAAUGUAAGCGUAGGGGUCAUGAUUACCUCAGCUACGACAAAAUGAAAAGACAGAAGCGAAAAAGGAAAAAGAAAUAUCCUCAGCUCCGAGGUAGGCAAGACCCUGAUUUUCUUGCUGAGUUAGAGGAACUAAUAAGUCGUUUGAGUGAAAUUAGAAUAACCCACAGAAGUCAUCACUUUAUACCCCGAGACCUACUGCCUACUAUUUUUAGGAUAAACUUUAAUAGCUUCUAUACUCAUCCAACAUUUCCUUUAGAUCCUUUGCACUACAUUCGAAAACCUGAUUUAAAGAAGAAGAGAGGCAGACCCCCCAAGAUGCGGGAGGCUAUGGCAGAAAUGCCUUUCAUGCAUAGUCUUAGUUUUCCUCUUUCCAGUACUGGAUUCUAUCCCUCUUAUGGCAUGCCUUAUUCUCCUUCUCCCCUUGCAGCUGCUCCAAUAGGAUUAGGUUAUUAUGGAAGGUAUCCUCCAACUCUUUAUCCUCCACCACCUUCUCCUUCUUUUACUACCCCACUGCCACCACCUUCUUACAUGCAUACAGGCCAUUUGCUUCUUAACCCUGCCAAAUACCACAAGAAGAAGCAUAAGCUUCUACGUCAAGAAGCCUUCCUCACAACUAGCAGGACUCCACUCCUCUCUAUGAGCACCUACCCCAGUGUUCCACCUGAAAUGGCCUAUGGCUGGAUGCUUGAACAUAAACACAGACAUCGUCAUAAACAUAGAGAACAUCGUUCUUCAGAGCAACCACAGGUUUCCAUGGACACUAUAACAGCUAACAGCUCUUCCAGAACAGUCCUGGAAUCCUUGAAGCGCUACAGAUUUGGGAAGGAGGCUAUUGGUGAGAGAUAUAAACAUAAAGAGAAACACAGAUGUCAUAUGUCUUGUCCACACCUUUCACCUUCAAAGGGUUUGCUAAGCAGAGAGGAACAGUGGGUAAGGAGAGAGCCUUCGGAGUCCAAUUCCUUAGCAUUGGGAUUACAGACACCAUUACAGAUAGACUGUUCUGAAAACUCUGCAGGUCUGUCCUUGGGAGGAUUUACCCCUAGCUCUGAGCCAGCUACCAGUGAUGAACACACAAAUCUUUUCACAAGUGCAAUAGGCAGCUGCAGAGUCACUAACUCUACCAGCACUAGUGGACGUAAAAAAUUAACUGACGGCCCUGGACUCUUCAGUGUACAGGAGGCUUCACUCAGCCGACCUCUCAGAAAGGACCCAUUGCCUUCUAUUGAAAAGGCACUACAGCCACUGUCAGGCACCUUGCCAGCACAGGACAAGCCCUCCCAGAGACAGACGGAGAGCACAAAUUGCAGUCCUUCCAGAAAGAGAUCUACUUCUGAGAGCACAUCUUCUACAGUGAUUGGAAUACCUACACGAGGAGCAAAACUGGGGAUUGCUGUAGAUGAUUCAGUGGAUAGUUUACUGCAGCGCAUGGCACAACAUGACAGCCAGGCUGCACUGGACAAAACCAUAGAAGCAGUCAUUGCAAAUGUAUCUGUUCCACCUUCAGCUAGCCCUGGUCGAAACCACAACAGGGAGAGAGUCCUGGGAAAACAGGACAGUCUGUUAGUUCCAGCAGUUCCAAGUGACUCUUGCAAUGAUGGCAUCUCACUUCUUUCAGACAGAUUACCAAGCAGCUACUCCCCACAUCAUCUGAAGAGAAGUGUGGUUGAAGCUAUGCAGCGACAGGCUAGAAAAAUGUGUAGUUACAACAAGAUUUUGGCAACCAAGAAAAAUCUGGACCACGUCAAUAAAAUUCUAAAAGCCAAAAAGCUGCAAAGGCAGUCACGGACAGGGAAUAACUUUGUGAAGCGCAAGCCAGGCAGGCCCCGGAAAUACCCACUACAGGCUGUAGUUUCAAUGCAGGCUUUCCAGGCAGCUCGGUUUGUCAGUCAGGAGUUAGAGGGAAGGAAGGAGAGCAACACUUUACACCUUGGACCUGAUACUAUCACAGAUGUAAUCGAAGCUGUAGUACAGAGUGUGAACUUGAAUGCAGAGCACAGAAAAGGGUGGAAGAGGAAGAGAUGGCUUACAGAGGAACAGGCCAGGAAAAGACAGAAGUCUGUACCAGAAGAUGAGCAGGAGAGUAAUAAAAGCUUUUCUGAGACAUCAACUGAAUCACCUAGUCACCUCGAAGCCAUUGGGAAGGCACAUGAAUCUGAAAACACUGAGCAGCAUUUGCCCACUUUUACCCAGCGUGAGAAAAAGGCUCCUAGGCCCCCAAAGAAGAAGUACCAGAAGGCGGGGCUGUACUCUGAUGUGUACAAAACAACAGACCCAAAGAGCCGCCUGAUCCAAUUAAAGAAAGAGAAGCUGGAGUACACUCCUGGAGAGCAUGAACAUGGAUUGUUCCCAGCUCCUAUUCAUGUUGGGAAGUAUCUGAGACAGAAGAGAAUAGACUUCCAGCUGCCGUACGACAUCCUCUGGCAGUGGAAACAUAAUCAGUUGUACAAAAAGCCAGAUGUCCCACUUUAUAAAAAAAUCCGUUCUAACGUCUAUGUAGAUGUUAAGCCUCUUUCUGGCUAUGAGGCCACCACCUGCAAUUGUAAGAAACCAGAUGAUGGCAAUGGAAAGGGCUGUUUAGAUGACUGUCUUAACAGGAUGAUCUUUGCUGAGUGUUCCCCUAACACUUGCCCUUGUGGUGAACAAUGUUGUAACCAGCGGAUUCAGCGGCAUGAGUGGGUGCAGUGUCUGGAACGAUUCCGUGCUGAAGAGAAAGGAUGGGGUAUUCGUACCAAAGAGCCCCUGAAAGCAGGACAGUUUAUCAUUGAAUAUUUGGGAGAAGUUGUUAGUGAACAAGAAUUCAGGAACCGGAUGAUUGAACAGUACCAUAAUCACAGUGAUCAUUAUUGCCUGAACUUAGACAGUGGGAUGGUGAUUGACAGCUAUCGCAUGGGCAACGAGGCUCGAUUUAUCAACCACAGCUGUAAUCCUAACUGCGAGAUGCAGAAAUGGUCUGUUAAUGGUGUCUACCGGAUUGGGUUGUAUGCACUUAAGGACAUGCCUGCUGGUACAGAACUGACUUACGACUACAAUUUUCACUCAUUUAAUGUUGAAAAACAGCAACUCUGCAAGUGUGGUUUUGACAAAUGCAGAGGAAUAAUUGGGGGCAAGAGUCAGCGAAUGAAUGGACUCUCAGGCAAAACCACCCAGCCUGUAACCACACACAGAAGGCCUGGACGAUCGAAAGAGAAGAGAAAGUCAAAGCACAAACUAAAGAAGGGGAGGGGCCACAUUCCAGAGGAGACUAGUGAAAGUGUGAACACGCCAACCAGGUUGACCCCACAGCUUCAGAUGAAGCCCAUGUCCAACAGAGAAAGGAAUUUUGUGCUAAAACGUCAUGUUUUUCUGGUACGGAAUUGGGAGAAGAUUCGGCAAAAACAAGAGGAAGUGAAACAUGUCAGUGACAACAUCCACUCUGCAUCAUUAUAUAACCGCUGGAAUGGAAUCUGCCGUGAUGAUGGCAACAUCAAAUCUGAUGUCUUCAUGACCCAGUUCUCAGCCCUGCAAACCUCCCGUUCUGUGCGAACACGGCGCUUGGCUGCAGCUGAAGAGAACAUUGAAGUGGCUCGUGCUGCACGCCUUGCACAAAUCUUCAAGGAGAUCUGUGACAGCAUCAUCUCCUACAAAGACUCUUCCAGGCAGGCUCUCGCAGCUCCACUGCUCAACCUUCCUCCAAAGAAAAAAAAUGCAGAUUACUAUGAGAAGAUCUCUGACCCCUUGGACCUUGCCACCAUUGAGAAGCAGAUCUUGACUGGGUAUUAUAAAACUGUGGAAGCUUUUGAUGGGGACAUGCUGAAGGUCUUCCGGAAUGCUGAGAAAUACUAUGGCAGGAAGUCUCCAAUUGGACGUGACGUGUGCCGACUACGGAAGGCAUAUUACAAUGCUCGCCAUGAAGCUUCUGCCCAGAUCGAUGAGAUUGUGGGGGAGACAGCAAGCGAAGCCGACAGCAGUGAGACGUCCAUCUGUGAGAAGGAGAAUGGGCAUGAGAAAGAUGAGGAUGUAAUCCGCUGCAUCUGUGGCCUUUACAAAGACGAAGGACUCAUGAUCCAGUGUGACAAGUGCAUGGUUUGGCAGCACUGCGAUUGCAUGGGUGUAAAUUCUGAUGUUGAACACUACUUGUGUGAACAGUGUGACCCUCGAUCCGUGGACAGGGAGGUCCCCAUGAUUCCUCGUCCCCAUUAUGCCCAGCCUGGCUGUGUUUAUUUCAUCUGUCUGUUACGGGAUGACCUGUUGCUGCGCCAAGGUGUGUGCAUUCUCUGUGACUGCUGUGAUUUCCAUCAGAAAGGAAGAUACAAAGAACACUCUGGUGACUGCGUAUAUCUGAUGAGAGACAGCCGAAGAACUCCAGAUGGGCACCCUGUCCGGCAGUCCUACCGGCUGCUAUCCCACAUUAACAGGGAGAAACUUGAUAUCUUCCGCAUAGAAAAACUCUGGAAAAAUGAAAAAGAGGAGCGGUUUGCAUUUGGUCAUCAUUAUUUCCGUCCACAUGAAACCCACCACUCCCCUUCCCGAAGGUUUUAUCACAAUGAGCUGUUCCGGGUGCCACUGUAUGAGAUUAUCCCCUUAGAGGCUGUGGUGGGGACUUGCUGUGUGCUGGACCUCUACACCUAUUGUAAAGGGAGGCCAAAAGGAGUGAAGGAGCAGGAUGUGUAUAUCUGUGAUUACCGCCUUGAUAAAUCAGCCCACCUCUUCUAUAAAAUCCACCGGAAUCGCUAUCCUGUCUGCACCAAGCCGUAUGCCUUUGACCACUUUCCCAAGAAACUCACACCCAAGAGAGACUUCUCACCUCAUUAUGUACCAGACAACUACAAGAGAAAUGGAGGCAGAUCAUCCUGGAAGACAGACCGCUCAAAGCCACAGAUCAAAGACCUGAACCAAGAAGAAGAUCCUCUUCCACUCAUUGAGGAUGUGCUAGCAAGCCAAGAACAAGCUUCAAAUGAGAUGCGUAGCCUGGAAGAGCCAGAGAGAGAAGCAGUCUCUAGUGAAGGCUGUGAGAAUGAUAAAAAGGUGGAGGAAAGUAACUCUGUCACAAGGCAACUGUGCACUCCAGAGGAAAGGCGGCAUAUUCAGAGAGAGAGACUUAAUCAAAUCCUGCUCAACCUCUUAGAGAAAAUCCCAGGGAAAAAUGCUAUUGAUGUCACUUACCUGCUGGAGGAAGGAUCAGGAAGAAAAUUGAGGAGGCGUACUCUCACCAUCCUGGAGAGCAGCUUCAGGAAGUGAUGUUCCAACAACAGACUGUGAUCUGGAGUCCACUACCAGGUCUGCUAGAGACUGACGGGGAAGCCCCCUUCUUUCUGUACACCAACCAAGAAGAGGAGGGUAGAAAAAAACUGACAUAAAUACAGUUAGCACUUAGAAGUCUGAGCAGGCAGGUGGCCCUGUCUUGCUCUGCAGUGCUCUUAUGAUGUGUGUGUUGUUGGGCGUGCCUUGUAUUGAUGUUAGGUACUGAGAAAACCUUGUGAUUAUUUGUCCAAGAUGGUCAGAUUUAAUUUAUUUUUGCUUAAUGUCCCCACUUGGAGGGAAAAAGGGGAGGAAAAUAGAAGGAAGAGGACUGAUUUACUCUGAUGAGAAUAUUCCCCGUACAGACCAGUUGUCCUAUGAUUGUACAAGAUACCGUUGGCACUGCCAGUGGUGUGUACCAAUGUAUGAAGUCUGUAGGGAGGGUGAAGACCCAGUGGAUUAAAAUAAAGGCUGCCAUAAAGGAGUGGCCUCAGAUUUGCACAAGUUCAGAGGGGAAUGAAAUGUACCAGGAUGUAUAAAAGGUUCACCGUGAAACGGCCAGUGCCCAGAUGCUCCUUUGAUCUGUAGAGAGGAAAAGCCCCCAGUCAGCUCAGAGUGAAACGAGAGUUGGUUGUUUGAAGCACUUGUUGUUCCACAUCCUGAAAUGGGGGUGUGUAAUUUUUCACAUUUUUUCUGCAGAUAAAUUUUAUAAAGCGAGUCAAAUCCUGACGACGCCAUUGCUGUUGGUUUUUUUUGAUAAGCUGUGGUUCUUGUGUGUCCAAUGUGUUGUGCAAAUUAAAAUCUGUUAAAAGAAGAAAAAAAAAGAAACCUUCACUACAUGAACCGUCAAGCAGUAUUCAGAGCGAGUAUUUGUUGUGAACUGUAGAAUAUAUCAACUAAUAACACUAUUCUUGUGUUCUAACUGUACAGCUUAAAACGUCUGUCUCUUAAAGAGACAGUGUAUUUUACCACUCCCUCUCUCUGCCGUUAUGAAAGUAUUGCUGCCAAAGACUACAGCCAAGGCGCUAACUUUUCACUGCAUGAAAUUGUGAUUGCCAUAGUUUGCCAUAAACUAGUGCUGUACUGGGAUCCCCUAUAUUUCAACAUGUAACCUUCCCCAAUAGCCAGUGCCGUGAAGCUGUCAUCUGUCUCUGGGUCAGGCCCUGCUAGUGGCAAAGGGAGGGGGCAGUAGGCAUACACUGCCCCUUUAAAAUAGCUUUGCUUUUUUGUCUUUCAGACGUACAUAUGCAUAUACAGUCCUGUUUUAGAUGUUCUUAUAAGAAAAACCAGUUUUUAAUGUGCCAAGUUGUAUAUAUCUGCUGCGUGGAUGUAAAGCAAUACGGUAGUUACAUGUUCCUUUUUAAUGGACCAAGCUUGUCCUAAUGUACAUUCUUGUUAUUAUUAUAAUUAUUAUUUUACUCUUAGUGGAACAUGACUCAUUCCAUUAACUUUUAUGUGUUGAUUUAAAAAGAAAAAAAAGAAAGGAAAAAACCCUUUGAGGAAAAAAAUAUUUUAUUAAAAAAAAGAAAUAAGAAAAUAGUUUGGAAUAUUUUCUUACUGUAGAGAAGCACUGUACAGUACCAGGAACCCUGAGUAUAAAAUACUCGUGCGUGUAGUAGGAAUAUCGCAUGUCCAAAAUUUUGGGUUGUCUCAUUUAGUUAAUAACAGAAAUCAUUGUCUCAAACGGUGUUAAACACUAAAAACUUUUUAAAAAAUAAAGUGCGUACAGAAGCAAGACACUAGCUCUGUCAUUUUAUCUUUCUUUUGUUGAAAGACUAAACAAAAUGUUUUUUAGACAAUCAAAUGUUAGGUAAGUGCAAAGAAUUGUUUUUCUUACUGGUGUAGAAAUUAAUGACUUUUUUUAUUUUUUGGUUAUUUUAUAAUAAUGAGAAGACCAGUGUGUCACCAGGAUCGCUGUUUUAAGACCAGGAAGCACUACAUUAUUGCAAAUAGAUAUGAACUCUUAGUCUGCAUGGGUGUAGGCUGUGUGAUUGCUGAAAAUAAAUGCUGCUAAUAUAUUUCCUUUUUACAAAAGCAUAUCUAAAUAGAUCAUUGUUUUGAUGUUAAUCUUUGUAAAUUAUGUAUUACCAAUUUUAACAUUGGAUGUAAUUGCAUAAAAAGCCUGCAUCUCAAUCCUGAGAGAGUCUAGUAUUAAAUGGAAAAACUUUUCCUAUU